GCAAGGUCCCUUUGUCCCCUCCCGCAAGCGCAAAACGUUGUCGACAGCGUUCUCUUCGCAACAGAACUCCUUUCUCUGAUCUAUGAAAGACGUCGAACCGCUUUGUAGUACAAAACAGACGAACGAGAUACUCUUCGGACCCCUUGCUUUCUUGGUUGACACUGACAGGCCACCUUAGGACCCGCAGCGUCCCACCUAAAACACACAUCAAUCGACUUCCCACCUUGGCUAAUGGGAUAAUUGCACUGUGCAUUCGCCGGCAUCAGGUUACCUGCUACCGCCUACUGCAUCUUGGAACCACAUAGAGAACUAGAAGAAGUAGAAGAAAACAACACCGACCUCACGUCGUACAGCUUAGAACCCGGCCUAUAUCUCCUCACCUCACUAGCAAUGAUGCACGCGCUCAAGAGCCCCUCGUUCUUCCGCCCUUCCAGCAGACCGUCUUCUCCGUCUCCUGGAAGCGCACCUCCGUCCCGCCCUGAUUCUAGCAUCGGCACGCGGGAGGCACGUCCUCGGACCAAAUUGUCAUUGACGACAUUCAGGCGACCUUCCCCUGCACCGUUGCCAGUCGCUGCUCCUCCUGCCACUCUCAUUCAGGAUGGAUCGUACUUGGACGCGCUCAGUUUGAAACUUAGUGAAGGUGUAUCCAAGGCGAUGGCUCAAGCCAGCGGGCCUGCUAAUCCCGGAGAGAUGCUGAAUGGGAGGAAGCCUAUCCCCGCUGGUAGGGGCAAGGCCCUGGGCAAUCUGAUUGCGUCUGAGGUCAAUGCUUCAAGGGACAAUCCGCACUUACGUCGGGCCGUAUUCCGGGCUCUUCAGCGGCCUCUGUCCGUUCUGCUGACGAAUAUCUCUACGGACCUUCUGCCUUUACUAUCAUCCCCUGCUUUCCUCUCGCCUCCGGUUCCUACCGUUCAAGCGCCCAACCCGAAUCCUGCUCAGGUGCACGCGUUGGCACUAGCUACGUUUGCCGGUGAGCUGCUGGAGACCUUCGAUGAAUUAGGCCUUGGGUUGGAGAAUGACAGCAGAGGCGACGGAUUGAAACAUGUCCGUGAUGGGCUGGGGUCAGUCGUGCAUAGGGUCGUCAACCCUCUGGUUACGGGAAUCAAGAAUGAACUGGCACCCUUGAUAGAGGCUUUGGAACGUCCCAGCGCUUCAGGCACCGUCGUAUCAAAGAGUACAGGCAAGGUUACGUCUCAGCAUCCGUCCAUUGCUGCUAUGCAGCACGUCAUGCCCAUCUAUGCCAGGGCGUUGGCUCGGUACACGGCGACGCCUGUGUCGCAGGCUUCCCUCGCCACGCUGAUCAUCUCUCUUGUAUGGCGAGGGCUUGUCGCCCUUUCGCAUCGUCCUGAUAUCACCAGCUCAACUCGACCCAGUCCACCGCCUAGUCCAAGCAUGGGGGGUGUCAAGAAGCGCCGGGGAUCGUCCACGACACCGCCUGUCACGCCGCCGGCUUCGAGGUUCACGAUGAAGUUGCCUCCGUCCCGUCCGCCUUCACCGCCCGCCGUUCCGGUGCCAACUAGUGCCGCCACGGAUGCUCGUGCGUUGUACGAGUUGCUCAACGUGCUUCCUCGUCCCGCCCCCGACAAGAAGUCGACCCAGCUGGCACGUGAGGCAGUGGACGAAGCUUUUGAUGGGCUGAAGGCGCUUGUCUCUCUCCUUGAGGCUGUGCAAAGCCAUGCGAUGCACCUGAAGGCUGGAAGCGUGGAGGAACUCGAGAAGGAUUUGGAUGUCAUUACUGCCGGCUUGCCCAUCAUGAUCGCCCUGCCAAUUCUUUUACGGGCGUAUGUUUACAGCUCAAACAAUGAUAUACGAGACCCGGCGCAGAUGCGUACCAUCGCGUCCAUGGUUGGUUUGUCUGAGGAGGAAUAUCGCAAGGGCUGCCUUGCGGGCUACGGGCGCGCAGAGGAAUACGAAGUCAUGGUCGGGGAACGCGUAUACAAUGCUCUGCGCAGAGAUGAAGGCUUGCGGCGGCAAACUGGACCUGCCUAUGAAGCCGUGCUAUUGUGGUUGGAGGGUCGCAUCAAUGGGGAAGAGGAUUGACUGCAUGGACUCGAAUAUCUUAUAUAUUUAUGCUUCUCAACUAUAGCUAAGAUAUCCAGAUACCACGUUCAACCGGGCAUUUGUAUCAUACUGGUUUCUUUGGAAUGGUCACUGUCGUUUGCCUUGACUGAGCUGCGCUGCGAAGAAAGAAAUUUAGUAGGACG